CCAGGCAUUCUGAUUGGUUCCUUGCACUCUCUCUACCAGUCCUCCCAACGAGAGCAGCUCCACCUAACGGGAAGCAACGACGUCUGCUUAAUCUUUCAUUGGGGAAAAAGGGUGGAAAGGCGAGACGAAAACGUACAAAAUCGUCCCUGCCUCCAGCCAAAAUGAUCCACAGCCUGUUCCUCAUCAACUCCUCGGGGGACAUUUUCCUGGAGAAGCACUGGAAGAGCGUGGUCAGCCGCUCCGUGUGCGACUACUUCUUCGAGGCCCAGGAACGAGCCACCGAGCCGGAGAACGUCCCUCCGGUGAUCCCCACGCCGCACCACUACCUGAUCAGUGUGCUCAGGCAUCGGAUCUACUUUGUGGCCGUCAUCCAGAGCGAGGUGCCGCCGCUGUUCGUCAUCGAGUUCCUGCACAGAGUCGUCGACACCUUCCAGGAUUAUUUUGGAGUGUGUACAGAGGCUGCGAUUAAGGACAACGUGGUCGUGGUGUAUGAACUCCUGGAGGAGAUGCUGGAUAACGGCUUCCCGCUGGCCACAGAGUCCAACAUCCUCAAAGAGCUCAUCAAGCCCCCCACCAUCCUCCGCACAAUGGUCAACACCAUCACAGGCAGCACUAACGUCGGAGAGCAGCUCCCCACAGGCCAGCUGUCGGUGGUGCCAUGGCGACGCACCGGAGUCAAAUACACCAACAACGAGGCCUACUUUGACGUGGUGGAGGAGAUCGAUGCUAUCAUCGAUAAAUCAGGCUCCACCAUUACAGCAGAAAUUCAGGGAGUUAUCGAUGCCUGUGUGAAAAUGACAGGCAUGCCCGACCUCACGCUGUCAUUCAUGAAUCCUCGGCUGCUGGAUGACGUCAGCUUUCACCCGUGUGUUCGGUUCAAGCGUUGGGAAGCUGAGCGCAUCCUCUCCUUCAUCCCCCCCGAUGGAAACUUCCGUCUGCUCUCGUACCACGUCAGCUCCCAGAACCUGGUGGCCAUCCCGGUGUACGUGAAGCACAACAUCAGCUUCAGAGAGGGCAGCUCUCAGGGCCGCUUCGACCUGACUCUGGGCCCCAAGCAGACCAUGGGCAAGUCGGUGGAGGCGGUGCUCGUCAGCAGCCAGCUGCCCCGCGGCGUCCUGACCGCAAACCUCAACCCCUCCCAGGGAACAUACACCUUCGACCCCGUCACCAAGAUGUUGACAUGGGAUGUUGGAAAGAUCAACCCACAGAAGCUCCCCAGCCUGAAGGGCACCAUGAGUCUGCAGGCCGGGGCCUCCAAACCCGACGAGAACCCCACCAUCAACAUCCAGCUGAAGAUCCAACAGAUGGCCAUCUCAGGGCUGAAGGUGAACCGACUGGACAUGUACGGUGAGAAGUACAAACCUUUCAAAGGCAUCAAAUACAUGACGAAGGCUGGCAAGUUCCAGGUGCGAACAUGAAGACUGCUGCUCUGUGACUACUGGACCAAACCACCAGGAGACUGACGGGGGGGGUGUGAUGGGGGAGUUGGUACAUUCCCUGUGUAUAUGCAUUUCAGGAUUUGACAGAUGGGAGGCUCCAUGUAGCAGCUAAGAUGGACCGUUGCUCAAAGUCUGUUGAAGUGAAAGUGCUUUAAGUAGUGAGUCAACAUGAGAUAUAAACAUUUCCAUCGAACCCCGAUCAUCCUAAUUUAUACUUCUCUACUUUACCGCUUUUUUCCCCUGUUCAUUUUUAUCCUGAGCCCAAACCAAACCCAAGCAGUUACAUGAGAUGUUUGUUUUUUAAUACAGGCUUCUUCAAGUUCAAACAUUUCAAACUCUAACAAACAAACAGUGGUCCCUCUCUCUCUCUCUUUCUCUCUCUCUCUCUCUCUCUCUUUCUCUCUCUCUCUCUCUCUCUCUCUAGUCUCCUCUCUAUUUCU